AUGGCGCUCCCACGAGCAGAAGUGUUCGAAGACGAAUUUCCCCUGUUCCGAAGCUGUCCAGCCUUGAACGAAAUCCGUCUUGCGGUGGAAAUUAAGGACUUGACGAUAGAGGUAGCCUCCCUUACCGCGAAUAUUCAUGUUUGCUUGCGUGUUAGGUCAUGGACGGGGCAGAGCUUCACGCCAAUCGUAUUAUACUGGCGGCUCGCAUUCCGUCCUUGCGAGCCACUCUCAGUGGCCCCCUCGGGGAGACGAAUUCCGUUCUACGAUGGCCGACCAUGCCUCUGAGGUAAAUUUAUCGUCCAUUUGGUGAUUUUGCUUACUGCUUAUGCACUUUCUAGCCUCGCAACUACGUUCUUGCAGUACGUCUACACGGGCCGAGUAGAGAUGAGAGAAGACAAUGCGAGGGGCCUGGUAACGCUUGCAAGAAUGCUGGAGAUGCCUCACCUGGUGGAAUGGGGAGUGGCGUUCAUGGCCAGGGGGUGCGCGCAUUUCCUGUUUAACUGUCUGUUCUGCAGGCUCACUUUAGAAAACCUGUCAGAUACCUUGGACUUUGCGAAGUCGCUGAAUGUUGUAGCACUGACGGAGAAGUGCAUCGGACUGAUGAGGGCGCAGUUUGAGGACUUUGUGCCAACCGACCUCUUCAUUCGCCUUCCUGCCCAAACUCUACUCACCGUGCUUCAAAGUAAAGAUUUGUCUGUGGCGUCUGAGGAGCAGGUUAUUGCAGCCAUAUCACGGUGGGUGGAUGCAGGUGCGUGCCUGGCGGAUGAUGACGAGAGGCUACAAGUGCAUGCUCCUGCAAUGUUGAGGGAGGUUCAGUGGCACCAGACGACCGUGAAAUGUCGCAAUCGUCUGCUGGAGAGUCAUCCGACAUUUGACAAGAGUCGCGAGUGUCUGUAAGUACACGACAUUGCGGCUCUGUUAUUUUUUUCUCUAAAAGUCGGCUUCUGUUUCAGAUCUCGAAUUGGCUUGGCGCCGAUGACAAGGAGAAGUGGCCCUGUCCCUUCAACAUUAGACCUCGUGUUCGUCAGACCUUCGUUGCAGAAGACAAAGAUCCGACAAUCUUCCUCUUUGGAGUGGACAGGCAGGACAGGUGGUCUGUCCUGCGUUGGAAUCCGCAUCUGCAGCAGGCAGAACGCGUUGCUUACUUGGAAGGAGACUGGAGGGGCGCUUCCUACAGUGCGGUGGGUGGUGAGUUUCCUGGACAGUUGUUUGACUGAAGUCUACUGCCUCUGGGUGCAGGCCUUCUACCUGUCAGCACAUUUUGCCGCCACGGGGUGAAUUUAGCGCUCGUUGCUUUUUGCUUUUUAAAGAAUGCAAGCCCUUUUUGAGCUGGCUACUUUAUGCAUUCCUCUCUUUUUUUCCGCCACCACCACCACCACCAAACGGAAGAGAGCAUUUUCGUUGUUGGAGGAUGGAGUGAGCGGCGUGUUGGCGAGUUUCUGGUGAGAGAAGGGCGCUGGCGCGAGCGGGCGCCCCUCGCCGUUGGACGCUCCGGGGGGCACGCAGCCGCCGUCAAGGUUCCCACCGCUGCCGCCGCCGCCGACGGAGAGGAGACGCUUAUUGGCGUUGUCGGUGGAUGGGGCCCAAUUUCCUCCUGUGAGGUCUAUGACGUCAGGCAGGACAGGUGAGUGCAGACGCCCCGUCUUGACACACAUUUAUUAAUUUUUUUUUCGCCAAAAAGAAAGAUUUAUCCUCUCUUCUCCUUACUCGCCUGUUUGCCCGAACAGAUGGCACAAACUGCCCGAUCUGCCGGAGGCGAGGGACUCCCCAGCUGCUGCCUGUCUGCCCGGCGACAGUCGGGUCUUCGUUUUUGGCGGCAGCUGGCUUGCCUCUGUGGUCUUCUGUCAUCUGCGAGCAGACUGGCGUCGGCAGCGGCAGGAGGCGACCUCAGCGGACUUUUGGCAGUCGGCUGCCCCCAUGAGAACUGCGCGAUGGCAGCACGCAGCGACGGCCUUUCGGGGAGCAAUUCUGGUCGCCGGUGGAGUGGAUGGAGAAGGCAGACUUGUCAACACUGUGGAGAUGUUUACGCCGCCAGACGCCAGCAGUCCCCUCGGCCAGUGGACAAAACUGGCCCACAUGCAGGAGCCUCGCUUCCUGUUCACUCUUCUCACCUCCGCCAACGCCGUAUUUGCUCUCGGCGCCUACGGUACGAAAGCAACACGCCAUUAAAUGCAUUCCUCCUCCUCUUCUCCUUUUUUUCUUUUUCUUUCCUUUUUUUCUUCUGAAUGCACACACUGCACCAGCACUGUGUGCUUGUGUGCCUUGAGGCUGAAUGAAGCGGUGCUAUUAUUAUGGUGUCCGGGUAAUUUACCUUUAAAUGGAGUAUUUUUCUGUCUUGUAAACAGUUUUGAAUGCAUGAAAAUUCCUCAUAUCCCACCACAGUGUCUUUUAAAAUCUCGGCUAUAGAAUGACUCCACUGUAAGCCAAUAAAAGACGUUGCUUUUGCAUGAAUUUUAAGAAAGAAUCCAUAGAAUAUCAAACAACUCAUGCAGCGCUGACAAAAACUCUAUGUACAAUCUUCCAUUUGACUUAUUCGUCUUCCUUAGGUAAAGGACUGAAGACGGGGAAAUAGUUUUACACAAUUAAAUGCAUUCUUUCUCUCUUUAAUGCCAUGAAUUGGUUCAGCAUGCGACACCCGCGUUAAUCUGACCUGUGGUUUUCCCUGAAUGGCCACUCUGCAGCACUUCUGUGGAUACUGCCUAUCCCUCUUCGUUUCCUUCUUUCUCUGUCUUAGAAUUUUCUUUUUCGUAACCGACCUUCAUUAAAAUAUUUUAAAAUUUGUAGGCAGAUCCGGACAGCCAGGUAACACGGUGGAGGCCUUUUCAGCCCCUGGAGGUUCAGCCGACCCCGACAACGACUUGACCGCUUGGGUCUGGUCGUCCAAGAACCCAGUGGAAUCGCUUAGCAGGAUUUGCGGAGCAGCAAGCAUUCGCAUGUAA